AUGGCACGCCCUCGCUCCCCCCUGGAGUCACCCUCUCCACCCGCGCAACCCCUCUCCAAACGAGACCUCCGACGAAACCGCAUCGUCGAGCGACUACAGAGCAUGGUCGACGAGUUCUCCACCAACCAGCACCAGCAUUACCGCGCGCAACUACAAGCGGUACAAGUUGACAUGACAUUGAUACUACGAGCGGAUCCGUACUCGCAAGACGAUGGGGAGGGGAAUGGCAUGCUGGACGAUGCUGGUGAAGACAUCAAGAGGGAGGUUGAGGCUAUUGCUGCGCAGGUGCCGGACGAUGAGGCGGCGCAGAGGGAUUACCAUGCGUUGGCGGGCUCGAGGUAUAGAGAGUUUGUGAGGCAGGUGAAUGAUGGGGUUGAGAGGAGGGAUGCUGGGUUGACUGCGUUGCAUAACCACUACACAGCUGCGGUGGCCGAAUUGGAGCGAGUGACCCAACAGAAGUUGCACCAAGCGGAAGAGGAGCAUAAGGCCCUGACAAGCACCAUUCGGCAGCGACUGAUCGCGACUAUCUCGAAGAAGCGCGCCCAGCUGCUUCGCGACAAAGAGCAGCUCGACAUUGCCGACAGCAACGCACUCCUCCUUCACCCAAACCAAUUCGGUAUCAAUAAUCCUGGAUCGCCACCGAACGGUCUCCAGAAUCGCAAGACACGACACACCAGACACCGCGUGGGCAGCCCGGCCCCAGGUGACCUCGAGCCCAAUGGCAUCAAGAAGCGCAAGUUCGGUGCAGUAGAAGACGACGGUAACGAGUCGCCAGCUCCAGCUUUCAGACCGCUACCACCACCAGACGCGCUUGGAGGCGGCAGGAGCCCGUUUAAAGACGCUCGCGGCAAGAAUACCUACGCACAAUAUGAAGCGCCAGCAUAUAGCUUAGAGCGCAUCUUCACCGACAAAGAGCUAGCAAUGGCGACGGAUACCGCGAAGCUGGCGACGUACCGCUACUUCCACCAGCCUCCAGCGGAGAAAGAGCAGGGCUCGAACGGCAACGGUACAGCUGUCGCGUCUACAGAUGGAGAAGGUAUGGAGACUGCGGAGGGCGAAGACGCGCCAGUCGCGACCACGGAGGGCGCUAAUGGCACGCCUCCGCCUGGUCAACCUGCGGCAGCUGAGAUGGAGCGGUCGACCUCACAUCAAGUCCUGACGCGUGGUGGCGCACGCGCAAACCCUCUGGCUGCGUUGCAGGAUCUGGCGAACCUAGCCGCGAACGAGCGCGCAGCACCUUCUGGCGGCACCAGCGGCAAGGAUCCUUUCGCGCCUGUCAUCCCAUCAUAUCACGCCGUCACACGGUCCGAGAAGAGUGGCGCGCCAGCACCGUCUGGAGUCAGUCAUCUGGACAUGGACAAUGAUUUCGCGAUGAUGAAGCAGUCUGGACCUCGCGGAGCUGGUGCAGCGGACGCAGACUCUGAAGUGAUGGCCGAUGCGGAUGACGAGGACACCGCGCUGCACAUGCGGCGGCAAUUGCUCGAUCAGGCGCUGAGUCAGUCAACCACUACACAGCCUUACCGGUUGCCUUUGCUGGAGACUGGGCCUGCGGUUAUCGGGAAGGGCGUCGAGCGCAUACCAGGGACGGGCUUCGCGCCGGUGAUGAGCAUGGAGCAGCGGUCGUUGAUCCAGAAGGUUGCACAGACAAGCGGAGCGCCCAGCGCCAUGGCAGCAGCGCUACGCGCAGGCGGCGAGCCGAUGAGCCGCACCACAAGCGCAGGUGGUGUGAGUGAAGCCGGGCUUGAAGCGCCUCCUCCUAAGAGGGGCAGAGGAAGACAGAUGGUCUGA